CAUUUAUUCAAAAUGGAAAAAAAGAAGAAGAAGAAGAAGAAGAAGAAGAAGAAGACGAAGAAGAAGAAAAGGAAGAUGAAGAAGAAGAAGAAGAAGAAGAAGAAGAAGAAGGGGAGUACAGUCCUCAUGUGUGAAGAAAUUGAGUUGUCUUGA